UAUACGUCUCCUUUGAACUGGAUGUUGUUUCCUGUCAUCGAGGGGGGAGGAUCCCAAGGUGGAUAUUUGAUUUAUUUUCCGCUCAUUUUCUUGUACAGUUUUCUGCUUGAACUUCAAUUCUUCCCCAGAUAAAAACGUGGGAUACUAGAACACUGAAUGGCUCUACGAUAACUAACACAGACCAGAGCAAUGACUGAAGGCGGUUUCAGGCAGCCAUUGUCACUGAAUAGUCACUUGAUUAUACCGUGUUCCUGGGACUGGAGCUCACUUUGGGUUUGCGUUGUUGUUCGAUCGCUUUGACUGCCACUCUACGUGAGAGCAACAUGGCUGAGAGAAGCUGGGAUGUGCACAGAGAAAGGCUGCUCCUGCUACUCCUGGUUUUGCUUGCUUCCCUCCAUCUGCUCAUCUGUCCUUUCACUAAAGUGGAGGAAAGUUUCAACCUGCAAGCGGCGCACGACCUGUUAUACCACGGUCUGCAACUGAACAAGUACGAUCAUCAUGUGUUUCCUGGUGUUGUUCCAAGGACCUUCGUGGGGCCACUGUUUCUUUCAUUGCUGUCUGCGCCAGCUGCUACCAUUUUGUCAGCUCUACAUGUGUCCAAGUUUUACUCACAACUUGUAGUUCGAGGAUGCCUUGGUCUCUGUGCGAUUUUUGCACUCUGGAAGCUUCAGAAAGAAGUUAGGAAGCAGUUUGGCUCAACAGUAGCUUCUCUUCACUGUUGGAUCUCAGCAACCCAGUUUCAUCUUCUCUUCUAUUGUUCAAGAACUCUCCCAAAUAUAAUUGCAUUUCCUAUUGUCAUCUUGGCCUUCACUGCCUGGAUGCAACAGAACUAUGGCACCUUUAUCUGGCUUUCUGCCUUAUCCAUCAUUGUGUUCCGAUCUGAGCUUUGCAUAUUCCUGGGCCUCAUGUUGCUUCUAUCAAUAGUGAAUCACCGUAUUUCUAUUUUCAAAAGUCUCUAUCAUGCAGUGCCAGCUGGUUUGGUGUGGUUGGGUCUGACUGUGUGUGUGGAUUCUAUAUUUUGGAGACGCUUUCUAUGGCCUGAGGGAGAGGUACUUUGGUACAAUACAGUCUUGAAUAAGAGCUCCGACUGGGGAACAUCACCAUUUUUCUGGUAUUUUUACUCCGUGCUGCCUCGUGUUCUUGGUUGCAGCAUAUUGUUUCUACCUCUUGGUGCAAGGGAUCCAAGGAGUUGGAGGUUUCUCUUUCCUACAGUUGGUUUCAUCUUUUUAUAUUCAUUCCUACCUCACAAGGAGUUGCGCUUCAUAAUCUACACUUUUCCUGUCUUGAAUGUAGUUGCAGCAAUCGGAUGUUCGCACAUAAUGAUCAAUUACCACAAAUCCUUACUGUAUAAGUUAGGAUUCUUUGUUGUGAUUGCACACCUACUUGCAAAUGCUUGCUACACUGGGAUGUUACUGUAUGUAUCCUACCACAACUACCCAGGUGGAUUUGCCAUGCAAAAAUUACAUGAGACUGUGCCCGCAACAACAGAUGUUUCAGUGCACAUUGACGUUGCUUCUGCACAGACUGGUGUUACUCGAUUCCUUGAACUCAAUCCAAAUUGGUGGUAUGAUAAGAGGGAAGAUCUUAAACCAGGAAAUGUUGGAAGUAUUGCAUAUACUCAUUACCUAAUGGAAAUGAACCCAAUUUAUAUAUCACAGUGUAGGAACACUCAUAGAAUAAUGUUUAAUAUUUCUGGUUUUAGCGGGAUUGAAUUUAACUUGUCUCAACUACCUCCACUUUCUAUUAAAAUGGAGACAAAAUUAGUUAUAUUAGAAAAAAUAUUCACACAUCAUGAGAAUAUGAGAAAAGGUUGACAAUUUGCCAACUUUUCUAACAUUCUUUAAUAAGACUUGCAGACAACAUGCUGCUCGUUCUUAUUUAUUCAAGAAUCUAUCUGCAUUGAGUGCCUGAACAAAAUGUGAAUUUGCUGUGUUGAGUGAAUACUUAUGAAAUAAAACAAACUUUGACAGGAUUUUGCUAUUUAACAUGAAGUAUUCUAACUUGUUCAUUUUACUUCUGGUUUUGCUGAAUUUCCAGUUUCCUUCCUUAUUUUAAAAUCUGUCUCAUAUCUUCUUUAGCUUUACAUUUCAAUAACAUGGUAAGAAAUCUACUGAGAUUUUUGCCAGUCCCUAUUUUUCCAUCUAUUGAUUGGGCAGAAAUUACAAGAUGACACAUAAAAUUCUACUCCUUUACCUGUCUAAGUAUCAGCAUUUACUACACAACAUAACUUCACAAUAGUUAUUCAUUGCUCUAAUACAUAUAGUUUUGCAUAUCAUACAGUUUGAUAUGUUUACAAUCACUUAGUAUGUUAGAUAACGUUAAAGCAAUAAAAAUGUUCAGUAUAGCUAUCUGAAGUAAUAAGAACUUCUGACGUAGUCCUUUUAGGACUAAAUAAUUGGGACCAUCUUGGUCCACUCAUUUAUUCGUAAAGGUUUUUAAACCUAAGACCAAAACUAGAAGAAACUGGAGCAUAAGUCCAGUUUGCAAAAUCUGGCCUCAAUCUCUGACAACUUAUUCCUAUUUGAAGUCAGAUAUUCCUUUAUUUAUUGUAUUCUUCUAUUUUUAAAUUUUCAAAAACUGGAGUUUGGAAAAGUGUUGUUUUAGAACAUAGAACAUUACAGCACAGUACAGGCCUUUCAGCCCUCGAUGUUGUGCCGACCUAUCAUACCGAUCUCAAGCCCAUCUAACCUACACUAUUCCAUGUACGUCCAUAUACUUGUCCAAUGACAACUUAAAUGUACAUCGUGAAAGGCAUCGAUACAGUAAAUAGACAUGGUCUUUUUCCCUGGGGUUGGGGAGUCCAAAACUAGAGGAUGCAGGUUUAAGGUGAGAGGGGAAAAAUUUAAAAGGUAUCUAAACGGCAACUCUUUCACAAAGAGGUUGUUGUAUGUAUGGAAUGAGCUGCCAAAGGAAGUCGAGGCUGGUACAAUUACAACAUUUUAAAAGGCAUUUGGAUGGGUAUAUGAAUAGAAGAGGCUUAUGGAUAUGGGCCAAAUGCUGGCAAAUGGGACUGGGUUGAUUUAGGAUAUCUAGUUGGCAUGGAUGAAUUGGACCGAAGGGUCUGCUUCCAUGCUGUGUGUAUCUCUAGGGCUCUAACAGGCUAGUUGAAAUUGGAUGUGGCUUGCAGAGAUUUUGGGUUACUUUCACCAGUGGAUUGUUUUAGAACAUAGAACAGCACAGUACAGUCCCUUUGGCCCACGAUGUUGUGCCAAGCUUUUUCCCUAAUCCUAAACUCUAUCUGACCUUCACCCCCUACCUUAUACUGUCAUCCAUACGCCUGUCUAAUAGCCAUUUAAAUGCUCCUAUCCAAGUCGACUCCACUACCCUCUCCGGCAAUGCAUUCUAUGCCCUAACCACUGAGUGAAGAAUGUACCUCUAACGUCUCCUCUGUAUCUACCUCCACUCACUCUAAAGCUAUGUCCCCUCGUAAUAGCUCACUCCACUCUAGGAAAGUACUGGAUAAAUUCUAAAUCAAAAUAUUGUUCUUCCUAGUAAUUUGAUAUAUGGGAACAUGGAUUUAAACUUCAUAUGCAACUCUAAAGCCACCAUCAAAUGUGCCUAAGACAUGCAUAAAUAAAGGGUUUUUUUCUAUAAAGACUAUUUGGCUUAUUACAAUGUCUAGUUCAUACUUCUGACCUCCACGACUACUAAUUUAUGGCUCUGUUCGUGUCCACUCUGCAGUUUACUGCAGUUAACUUUACAAUAUUCUUAGUAUUAUAAAGGUUUAGUACAUAUUUGUCUAAAGCAGAAACAGUAUGAUUCUCCCACUGGAACAAAAAGCAUGUUACUUUCAGUGUACGUUUUUCUUUGUCUUGGAAUCACUUGAAAUGGAAAUCAGUCACUGCUAUAUUCACUGUACAUAUUCUGUCAGAAUCAUGGGAAAUAAUAGUGAGGGUCCAAUUUUU